AUGCUCAGGCACUGGAAGAUGAACUGCUACCUCAAAGCCAACGAGAUGGUGAAGCUGCCCAAGGAAUGGGCCUUCUCGGGCGCCAAGGAAGUGACGUGCUCCAGGAACCCGACCCAGCCUGGCACACUCUGGCACAUCAACUGGAACAACAGCCCAAAACUCGUCAAGACCGUCCACGCUCGAGACCGGUCGGCGAGCCUCUGGGAGAAGAUUUACCAGCAGCACCUUAAUAUGUUCAUCGGGAAUGCUGUCCUCACGCCCCCGGACGAUAUGGAGAGGCAGUCGCGCCCUUGGAUGUGGCCGAUCCUGUGGCAGAUGCAGACCAUGGCGUCCUAUGUGGUGAACAACGCAACGAAAGAGGAAGUUUAUGCAAUCGGAAUGACCAACCCUCUGGUGACCUACCUUAACCUCGCUUGCCUCAUGGGUCUGCUGGGCCUCGCUUUCCUGCACAGCUACAGAGGGAGGCGCUGGAAGGGGCACUCAGAUCUCGGCGAAGAGAGCCGUGCCGACGUCCUCAGUUCGAGCUGGUGGUUAGUGCUGAGCUGGGCAUUCCACUACCUGCCCUUUUUCUUCAUGAGCCGAGUCCUGUAUUAUCACCAUUACUGCCCCUCGUACAUUUUCUCGUGCAUGAUCACAGGAAUAUUCAUCUCCUGGGCCUGCGAGACAGUGUCCUCCUGGAGCUCGGAGACGCGGCGACAGGCCCUCCAGCUGGUGCUCCUGACGGCCGUCGUGGCCAUCCUGUUCACCUCCUACGCCGUCUUCUUCCCCUUGGCCACCUACAUGACGGGCACGGUGUUCGAGGCCAGCCCCAGGAUCAACCCGUACCUCGACUACUUCUACGUCGGGCAGAUGUGGCCUGAGUUCGGCUACAGGAAGGCCGAGUUCAUGUCCGUCACCACGACCAAGGUGGACUUAUGGAAAGACGACAUUCUAGACAACCCGCACCUCAACGCCACGCUGUACUACUCCACUCCUCUGAACACGACCGCCGGCAUGCCCAAGCUCGACCCUGUCCGGGCUUCGAACUACACUCUUUGGACUUCGACUGAGUCUAGUCUCGUGGACGUGCCUUAUCUCAACACAGAGGACGGCAAUGAAAAAGAAUCUCUUGAGAGUAUUUUUCGAGGGAAAAUUAUAGUAGAUGAUGAAACUGAAACCGUAAGUGAGACGAACGCAGGCAGAACCACGAUGAGCGAAGCCGGAGUCGAGAAAUGA